AUUGAUAAUAGUCAGUUUCUAUAAUGAUUUCAUAUAGUGAGGUUCUUAUGUUUUGUUUUUUUCAUGGAUACUAGUGAUUAAAACCAUUCAAAAUGGCAGAGAGAGUGCAGAUAUCAGACUUGAUCUGGUUAAAACCUGAACGGCAAUCCGAAUAUGAUAUCCCCAUAGCAGUAAAAGUGCUUAAUAGUUCUGGGGGUAAAUUAGAAGUCAGGGAUGAUGAUGGGAGGAAAUUCAUUACUGAUGCUACCAAUGUCAUCAAACCUCUCCAUGCUACAUCCAUUACAAGUGUUGAAGAUAUGAUAACGCUGGGAGAGCUACAGGAGUUUACUAUUUUGCGCAAUCUUCAUAUUCGAUACAAUCAGCAGUUAAUUUAUACCUAUACCGGAUCAAUGUUAAUAGCGAUUAAUCCAUACGAAAUAUUGCCGAUAUACACAAUGGAUCAAAUACACUUUUAUCAAGAUAGAAAUAUAGGUAAUAUGCCUCCACAUAUAUUUGCCAUCGGUAGUGAUUCAUACAAAGAGUUACUGGAUACAUCUUCAAAUCAAUGCGUCGUAAUCAGCGGUGAAAGCGGAGCUGGUAAAACUGAGAGUACAAAAUUACUUUUGCAAUAUCUAGCAGCAGCUAGUGGUAAGCAUUCCUGGAUCGAACAACAGAUACAAGAGACAAAUCCUAUACUCGAAGCAUUCGGAAACGCUAAAACAGUAAAAAACGACAACUCUUCCAGAUUUGGGAAGUAUAUUAAUAUUUAUUUCAAUAAUCAAGGCAUAAUUGAAGGUGGGAAUAUUGAACAGUAUUUAUUGGAAAAGUCUCGUAUAGUGCGCCAAAGUAAGGGAGAGAGAAAUUAUCAUAUCUUCUACUCACUCGUCACAGGCCUGUCCGCAGAAGAAAAGAAGAAACUCGAGCUUACUAGACCUCAAGAUUAUGAAUACCUUAACUCCGGCAGUAUGUUGACAUGCGACGGAAGGAACGAUGCACUAGAAUUUUCGGACAUUAGAUCAGCAUUCAAAGUACUCAACUUUUUAGACGAAGAAGUGUGGGGAGUUUUUAACUUACUAGCUGCAAUUUUACAUUUGGGAAAUCUUAAAUUCAAAUCAUAUAGCUCAAAUAAUAUUGAGUCAUCUGAAGUGGCAGAUGCAACUAAUGCAAGCAGAAUUGCAACAUUACUAGGUGUUAAUAAAGUGCAUUUUUGUGAAGCACUUACUCGCAAGACCUUUAUUGCUCACGGUGAGAAGAUUGUUUCGAAUGUAUCCGUUAGUUCAGCUACCGAAGCAAAGCACGCUCUCGUAAAAGCUAUAUAUGGAUCAAUUUUCGUCUAUAUAGUAGAAAACAUAAACAAAACGUUACAUAAAGACGAAACCCUCUGCGGUGGGUCAAUAGGAAUAUUAGAUAUUUUUGGGUUUGAAAAUUUUGAUAAUAAUAGCUUUGAGCAACUGUGUAUUAAUUACGCUAACGAAAACCUGCAACAAUUUUUCGUUAAGCACAUAUUCAAACUUGAGCAAGAGCAAUAUCAAAAGGAGGGCAUUACUUGGACCAAUAUUAAUUAUGUCGAUAAUCAAGAGAAUUUGGAUGUAAUUGGUUUGAAACCUAUGAAUAUAUUGUCAUUGAUUGAUGAGGAAUCUAGAUUUCCUAAAGGAACAGAUUUAACGUUGUUAGAUAAAUUGAAUACAAAUCAUGCCAGUAAAAAGUGUUAUGCGGCUCCAAAAUCGACAAGAGACCAGACGUUUGUCAUACGACACUUUGCAGGAGACGUUUAUUACAACGUCAAUGGAUUCCUUGAUAAAAACAGGGAUAUGCUCACAACUGAUUUAAAAGAACUUUUAAUGGAUUCAACCAACACAUUUUUAAAGACCAUAUUUCCAAUUGACGCUUCGUCGCAUAGCGGUAGUCGAAAACCUGUUUCGUUGAGUCAUCAGUUCAAGACGUCCCUUGAUUCCCUCAUGAAGACCUUGUACGCCUGUCACCCGUUCUUUGUACGCUGUAUCAAACCAAAUGAACUGAAAAAGCCUCGGAUUCUGAAUCGACCACUAUGCGUCCGUCAACUUAGGUACGCCGGAUUAAUGGAAACAGCAAAAAUAAGACAAGCCGGCUAUCCUAUAAGACAUUCAUAUGCAGAAUUUAUUAACCGAUACCGGCUUAUUGUACCAGGUAUUCCUCUCGCAGAGAAAGCCGAUUGCAAGGAAGCUGCCAAAAAAAUAUGUGUUCAAGUCUUAAAAGACCAAGACUUUAGGCUUGGACAUACGAAGGUAUUCCUAAAAAAUCACCACGAUGGAAUUCUGGAAGAGUUAAGGCACAAAGUUGUUAUAAAUGCAGUUAUCAAAGUCCAGACUAAUGGAAGACGGUUCAUCUACAGACGAAGAUUCCUAAGACUACGAGCCGCGGCUUUAACGGUACAGAAACAUUACCGAUCGCGAGGCUAUAGAAAUAGAUUCUUGAUAAUGAGAAGAGGAUACUUGCGAUUACAAGCCGUGUUGAAAUCCCGAGAACUUAGAAAAACUUUCUUAAACUUAAGAGUGUUCUUCACAAAACUUAAAUCUCAAAUCAGAGGAUAUUUGCUUCGAAAAAUGAUACAAGACAAGCGUUCUAUUAUAACCGCGCAAUUGGCAAAGUUUAGAAAAGAGAAAGAACAGAGUAAGUUGGAUACAGAAUCUGCAGAGGAUGAAUAUGAGAAAAAAUACACGGAGUUUAUGAGAGCUGUAUGGAUUGGAAAAGAUGUGGGCGUAGAAGCUGCACAGAACAAUGCGUUUAUAGAUGAUAGAUAUGUUGAUGACGUGUUUGGUUUUUUAAAGGAUACUGCGACUCCGGCAGGGACUGUUAGAGGAACAGGAUUCGGAGUAAGUGCAGUCGAAAAACCCACAGCAGUAGAUGUUAUUAAUAUACCUCUUCAGAAAGAGUAUGAGGAUGAAGCAUUUGAUGAGUUUAAUUUCAAGAAAUUUGCGGCCACUUAUUUCUUAGGAAACGUCAGCCACCAAUACUCUCGGAAACCUCUUAAGCAUCCCCUUCUGGACCUGCCGUCGCCCGUAGAUAAGGCAGCGUCACAGGCUCUAUGGAUAACUAUAUUGAGGUUUAUGGGUGACAUCGCUGAACCUAAAUAUGCCGAUGACAAGAAGGAUAACACACCUAUAAUGACCAAAUUAACUGAUACCGUUGGUCGAGCAUUCCAAAAAAGCAAAGAAUUCGAGGAAAUGCUAAAAGAAAACCAUGAUGGCAAGAGAAUGAUCCAACGGACUCUAAAAAAACAAUCGAAGUUGAAUGAUGAAUUUGUCAAGAAUUUAAUGAAUGAUGAACAGACUACGGAAAUGUACAGCGCGUGGUUACAUACCAGACGUAGUACUAACUUAGAAAAGUUGCAUUUCAUUAUCGGCCACGGAAUCAUUCGUAAAGAACUGAGAGAUGAAAUAUUCUGCCAUCUUUGCAAACAGUUAUCAAACAACCCAUCGAAAGCAUCUUUCGCUCGCGGGUGGAUACUACUAUCACUUUGUGUUGGUUGCUUCCCACCUUCAGAGAGGUUUGUCAAUUACCUUCGGUCCUUUAUCAGAGAGGGACCCGCUGGCUACGCUCCGUAUUGUGAGGGACGUUUAAUGAGGACUUUCAAAAAUGGCUCCCGCACACAACCUCCUAGUUGGCUAGAACUGCAAGCAACGAAAACAAAGAAACCCGUAUUACUCACAGUUACUUUAAUGGACGAGACUAUGAAAACUAUACAGUCCGAUUCAGCAACAACAUCUGAAGAAAUAUGCCAGCAAAUAGCUGAUAACGUUGGUCUUAGUGACACAUUUGGGUUCUCACUUUAUAUAACACUCUAUGAUAAAGUCCUUUCCUUGGGUAGUGAAGGAGAGCACAUUAUGGAUGCAAUUUCACAAUGUGAACAAUACGCAAAAGAGCAAGGGACUCCAGAAAAAAGCGCACCGUGGAGGUUGUUCUAUCGGAAAGAAGUAUUCACGCCAUGGCAUAAUCCAGCAAACGACCCAGUUGCUACCAACCUCAUAUAUCACCAAGUGGUUAAGGGUGUCAAAUUCGGAGAAUACCGCUGCAAUUCUGAAACGGAUUUAGCAAUUAUAGCAGCUCAACAACAUUACAUAGAAUAUGGAGCGUAUAUAGAACCAAACGUUUUAAGAAAAGUCAUCGCAAACUACAUUCCAAAUCAGUUUAUUCAGAGCAACGAUGCAGCGUUAACAAAAUGGGAACAUUUGAUUACAAAGGCAUUUGAAACAUCGCAGAGUAUUCAAUCUAAGAUAGAGCCGUUGCGAUGUAAAGAAGAUAUUGUUAUAUUCGCAAAAAUAAAAUGGCCUAUGAUGUUUUCCAGAUUCUUCGAAGCUAUAAAAUUGAAAGGUGAUUCAAUCAACAAGGAUAUCGUCAUUAUAGCAAUUAACUGGACUGGAAUCUACAUUGUCGAUCAAUCUGAGCAUAUUCUCUUAGAAAUGUCAUACCCUGAAGUCACAUAUGUUGCAUACAGCGAAGACAAAGAUUACGAAAAUAUUGGUAGAGUGACUAUCAAAACUGUACAGCAAGAAGAAUUCGUAUUUCAGAGUGUUGAAGCGAGUGAAAUGAGCUCAUUAAUAAUAUAUCUUAUAGAUGGUUUAAAGAGGCGGUCUGUAUAUGUUAUAGCUCAAAGUGAUUCUCAAGGGUACAGUGACGCUGCCUCAUUCUUACAAUAUAAAAAAGGUGAUCUCAUUACACUUUUACAAGAGUUUAACGGUGAAACUCUCAUGAAUGCUACGUGGGGCCACGGACUGUGUAAUGGAAAAGAAGGUUUGUUCCCCACCGAACAAGUUUAUAUAUUACCUACACUGUCUUUACCACCAACUUCUGUAUUAGAGGUAUUCAAAAAAGGUAACAUAAACAACGACAAAAAAGUUACCUCUCAAUAUAAUACUUUGCAGAGGAAGCGAAUGUAUACCUUAGAAAAAUACGCUAAAGAACAUUUUAGAGAAAACUUUGAUAUUCAAGCCACAAUAUCCAAACAAUCCACUAUAACAUCCGCUAAGAAGUCAGUGUUGGGCGAUCUAUGGGCUCAUACGCGUGAACCUAUCCGCCUUCCUUUACUAAAUAAAUUACUAGACGACGAAAAGAUUUGUAAAGUUGCUGUUGCAACAUUCUUUGCGAUUUUGAAAUACAUGGGCGAUAUGCCCAGUCCAAAAGCACGGUCAACUACUGAGUAUACAGAUGAAAUAUUCAUGCCUGCAUUAAAGGAUCCCAUAUUACGCGAUGAAAUUUAUUGCCAAAUAAUGAAACAACUGACGAACAAUAGAAUACAACUGAGUGAGGAAAGAGGGUGGGAAUUAAUGUGGCUGGUGACAGGAGUGUUUGCCUGCGGACAAACCUUAAUGAAGGAACUAGUUGAGUUUCUUAAAACGAGACCGCAUCCCAUAGCUAAAGACUGUUUGAAACGGGUUUUCAAAAUUCAAAAGGGAGGCGCCAGGAUGUAUGCCCCAUAUGUAGUGGAAGUUGAGGCGAUUCAACAUAGGAGCAUGCAAAUAUACCACAAAGUAUAUUUCCCUGAUGACACUGACGAGGCAUUUGAAGUUGACUCAUCGACUAAGGCAAAAGAUCUAUGCGAACAAAUUACUGGUCGGUUGAAUUUGAAGAACAGCGAUGGGUUUAGCCUCUUUGUUAAGAUUAUAGAUAAAGUUUUCUCUGUUCCGGAGAAUUAUUAUUUCUUUGACUUUAUACAUGAACUUGUUGAAUGGAUGAAGCAAACUAGACCGGCGCGAGUUACAGGUGGCCAAUUACAAAUGAACUACCAGAUAUUUUUCAUGAAGAAACUAUGGAUCAAUACAUUGCCUGGCAAAGACAAGAAUGCUGAUGAAAUAUUCUAUUUCCCCCAAGAGCUACCUAAAUAUUUGCGUGGUUAUCACAAGACGUCUAAGCAAGAUUUAGUGGAUUUAGCGGCUCUUAUUUAUAGAGCCAGAUUUGGUGAUGAUCAGGCGCUGUUGCCUCAAAUCCCACAAAUGCUGGACGAGUUCAUACCACCAGAUAUGCUAAAAAUUAUGUCCAAUUCUCAAUGGAAAUCUUCAAUAAGUGCAGCACAUCUUAAACAUGGCGUCAUGAGUGAAAACGAAGCUAAGGAGCAGUUUUUGAAAAAGAUCUACCAAUAUCCAACAUUUGGAACAGCUUUCUUCGAAGUUAAGCAAACAUCUGACCCGACAUAUCCAGAAAUGGUUGUUAUCGGCAUUAAUAGGCAGGGCGUAAGCGUCAUUCAUCCACAAACACGGGAUGUUAUGGUGACAUAUCCAUUUUCACAAUUAUCCAAUUGGUCAUCAGGAAAUACAUUCUUUCACAUGACAAUGGGAAGCUUUAUGAGAGGAACCAAAAUACUUUGCGAGACGUCUUUAGGGUAUAAAAUGGAUGAUUUAAUAUCAUCAUACAUAGCUGUUUUGCGUCAAUCAAUCAAGCAAAGAACACGAAACUAAAUAUUAAAUUACCUACUAUAAAUUACCAUAUUCUAUUUUUUAUUAUCAAUCUAAUAUUAACUCUAUCUGAUGUCUAAGGAUAUCUUGGUCCAUUUGUUGGGCCACAUUGGUUAUGUUUUAUGAAUUAAAAAUAUGACAAGAGAUUAUAAUUGUCCUACAAUUUACUAAAAGUCGGACGAAGUACUCUUCGAUUUUUUUAUUUAAUUGAUUGUUUAUUAGGAUUAGAUUGAUUCAGAUUUCAUAUAAACUCUAAGUCAAGUUUAUUUUUUUUUAAUCAAAAAAAUACAUGUAAUUUCUAAAAAUGUACUAAGUAUGUGUAAAACAAUCAAA